CCGGUUCUCGCGUCACAAGAGAAGAAGAAGAAGAGGAGCUAGGCGAGACAGCAGAACACAGAACACAAAACAGAUGUUAUUAGUGCUUAAUAAGUGCACGCUUUCUUGGAUUUCAUUCUAAAUCCACAGUCAUGGAGUUAUCUGAAAUACUGUACAACAAAGCGGAGUACAUUGAGACGGCUUCUGGGAACAAAGUGAGCAGACAGUCGGUGCUGUGUGGAAGUCAAAACAUCGUGCUCAAUGGCAAAACUAUUGUCAUGAACGACUGUAUCAUCAGAGGAGACCUGGCUAACGUCAGGGUGGGCAGACACUGUGUGGUGAAGAGCCGGAGUGUCAUUAGACCACCUUUCAAGAAGUUCAGCAAAGGAGUGGCGUUCUUCCCGCUGCACAUCGGAGACCAUGUCUUCAUCGAGGAGGACUGUGUGGUCAACGCAGCGCAGAUCGGUUCCUACGUCCACAUCGGCAAGAACUGUGUUAUAGGCCGUCGCUGUGUGCUGAAGGACUGCUGUAAGAUCUUAGACAACACCGUGCUCCCUCCUGAGACUGUGGUGCCUCCUUUCACUGUCUUCUCUGGAUGCCCAGGUUUAUUUUCAGGGGAGCUUCCGGAGUGCACACAGGACCUGAUGAUCGACGUAACAAAGAGCUACUACCAGAAGUUUCUGCCCCUCAGCCAGAUCUGAUUGCUGCUCCCACACACACACCUUCAGCAGGAUCCGCAGCAUUUCCAGCCACCUCCGGAUCUGGGCCCGUGUCCAGCUCUCUCAUCUGACCAAUGUGGACUCUCUAAGAUCACCUUCUGCACUCAGAGGACAUGAAUUUCUCCAAACUAGGAAACACAUUUUGGUCUCAUAAAAAGCCCCAAUAUGAUGCUACCUUUGAAGUAUGAGAAAAGCUCAAAUUUAGAAACUCAUGGACCUCUGUGGCUCUGUGUAGGUGGAGAUGGACAGGAAACAGGUGUUGGUUUAGAAAUUAAAUCCAUGGACCAAAACAAAAGCAAAAGUUGAGUAACAUGAUGUUCCAUUAUUUACAUCUGCACUUCAUCUAGACAACAGAACACUCGUAUGAACACUUCCGCUGUUUUGCUCUCUGUAACUUUUAUUUAUAAAAACCUUUCUCUUUUUUUUGCUGGUUAAUGCUAUUUGUCCAGAAACGUAUUUCAUACUGAGUUGAUUCCAAUGCCCAGAAAUGCAGGGCAGCCAACGUCUAAUCUGAAAUAGUGCAACAAUUCAAUAAAUGUCAAUGAAAACCAGUCUAA